CAGCAUGCUCAAGUUCUUGCUUGUCGUUUGUGCUCUAUUUCAGCAAGCUGUUAGCAACAGCGACCAGACAGGAGAUGCAUCAAUCCAAAGUUGCAUUGGAGAGAAAGGUGAAAAGGGUGACUACGGUCUUCCUGGAAUACGGGGGUUAAGAGGUCACAAAGGCGGAUUGGGAGCAGCCGGUCCCAAAGGAGACAGUGGAGCAUCUGGUCCUGCUGGACCUCCUGGUGCUCAGGUGAGUAGUUUGGUUACAUUAAUAUUUGCACAACUGAGAUAAUUGAAUGUAAACAUUAUUACUCCAAAGAGUAAUA